GCAUGGCGCUGCUCGUGGUGGUGGUGGUGGUGGUGGAGCUCCUGGUGGCAGCCGACGCGGGACGCGCAAAGCCUCGGAACGACGACUUCUCCCUUUGGAUCGACGAGAAACAAGUACGGGAAUUCAGUGGGUUUCCGAUGGAGAUCUUUGCCAUAUUGGACGGCGUGGUGCUUCCGUACAUCCUUGAUCCAAACUUCGAAAGGUACCUGCCCGUCAUUCCCUCUGGAGUGAACUCGGUCAACUUCACCUGGAAGGCCGGUGAGAACAAGCACUACUAUUACGACUUCGACAUGUUGCAGUCCUUCGACAGCUCCAUUUUGAAGGAUCCCGUGAUAUCCAUUGACACCAAAGGAAAAGUACCCCGAAAAGCAAAAGUGUUCCAAGUGUUCCUGCCAUGCUGGGGCAAUGUCACUGGAAUGGCGUCGUUUGGGAUCGGACUUCGCAUCGAGAACGACAAGGGCCGCUACUUGAGCGGCACGCCACUUCGACUGCGAUUGCAGAAACAGUGUGCCGACAACCGCCCAGACCCUGAAUGUGAUCGAAAAUGUGCUAACGGAGGUCGCUGCAACGCCGAGAAGAUCUGCGAGUGUCCAAAGCGAUACAUGGGUCGCUACUGCAGGACAGCGCUGUGCUAUCCACAGUGCAUGAACGGAGGAACGUGUGUGGCUCCGGGAGUGUGCGACUGCGCCAUCGGAUACCAGGGACCGCACUGCGAAGGAGGCAUCUGCGCAGAAAAGUGCCUCAAUGGGGGAAAGUGCGUCCAAAAAGAUACCUGCUCCUGCCGACGCGGGUACUAUGGGCCCCGUUGCGAAUACAGCAAGUGUUCCAUCCCGUGCCUCAAUGGUGGACGCUGUGUAGGUGUCAACCAAUGCCGAUGCACAAAGAGCUUUGUUGGCCCGCAGUGUGCUCACCAAGUCGACGGCACUGCAGUUGUACAGAGGGAGCACUGCCAGAGGCGCUGCGUGCAUGGUGUCUGCAUCCGACACAACCGGUGUCUUUGCGAUGAAGGAUUCUUUGGUCGGAGGUGCGCCAGGCGUAGGUAUACCUAGGAGGAAAGAACGUCGGAAAAAGCAGUUCGUCUGAAAGCUGCCCAUAUUUGAAAGCUUACACUUCAAUGCACAUACAGUGGUGUGCUGCAGUGACACAGGAACAGAAGCCACCUGAUGCAAGCUGCCGCAUGUGUUGUAAAUGUUUCUGUGUAAAUAAGGUGCUUUAUGCAUCACGUGUUUUCAUAUCAACACACAAAAACUAUGAAACCACAAGCGACGUGCCAAAGACAGAUUGUUGUGGUUUCUAGCCAUAGAAGCAGCCAAUGCUGAUGUGCUUCAGAGCAUAAUGUGCCAAAUGUGCUGCCACUCUUCAGUGACCAAGGUCUCACCAGUGCGGAAGGCCACCAUUUGACUGCGACACUCGCCCCAUCUAGUCCUGCUUAUUGGAUUUGUGCCACCUGUGUGUCCACACACAGCUGUAAUCCAUUAAUUGACUUGUUUUUUGUUUGCAUCCUCAUUUAAACAAUUCAUUCAUACUAGGAUUUCAAAAAAAAUCGCAGUUCACAAAUGAAGCUGCGAACUGGUUUGUUGACACUGUCAAAAAACUUACGAAGGCAAUAAAGUUGUCAUUUCUCUGACUCGAA